UUCAGAGGUGCUCUCUGCCACUUCCGUCCAGUUUAAGGAGUUCUCUCCUGGGCAGCUCUAACAUUCCCAGUUUCAGUCACUAAGGAGAGUAGAGCAUGAUUCUUCUAACUGUGCUUUUCCUCUGCAUCAUUUCCACAUACUCAGCCUCUGUUAAAGGGCACACUACUGGACCAAGAUUAAAUAAUGACAAGUUAUACAAAUUCACCUAUUCGACUGAAGUGUUUAUCAAUAGGGUAAAAGCAUCACUGCAGGAUAGCGCAGGCUACCGUAUUUUGUCUGGUGUGGAUGUCAACUUAGUAUGGAGAAACCCCAACAAUGAUGAUGAUCAGCUGAUCAAAAUUAUGAUCAGAGAUGUUAAAGUUGAAAAUGUGAAUGAACGUCCAGCAGCCAAAGACAUUUUUAAAAGAAAAAACACAGAGAACAUCAUUGGAAAAGACUAUCUGGCAGCUUUACAAAGGCCAGUAGUUCUUCACCUGCUCCGUGGAAAGGUUAAAAACUUCUACUCAUAUCAAAAUGAACCUGCAGUAAUUCAAAAUCUCAAGAGAGGUCUGGCUAGCUUGUUUCAGAUGCAGCUGCAUUCAGGUGCUGUCCGUGAGGUGGAUGUCUCUGGGAAAUGCAAUGUUACUUACCAGGCUCGACAGGAUCAGGUGACUAAGAUUAAAGCCGUGGACACCUGUGAAAUAGAGAAGACAGGAUUUACCAGCUACCACCAGAUUUUAGAUGUCAGUGCAAAAACCACCUCAGCUACAAUCUAUGUGAUAGAAGACAGUUUUAUUAAAUCCGUGUGGUCAGAGGAGAAUCAUGUCUUGUCUCUGAAUUUCCGACAAACAACCAAUGCCAAAAUAGUUUCAAAGCAGAAGCUGGAACUGAAGUCAACAGAAGCUGGCCCUAGAGAGAUUGCUGGGAAGCAGGCUGCCAGCGUUAUCAAGAAAUUGGACUCAAGUUAUGUAGCUGUUCCACUAGUAGCAGAGCCCAUCAAGGCUGAGUGCAAAAACUGCCCAUCACUUUCAGAGCACUGGCUGAGUAUCAGGAAAAAAAUGGAACCUGAAAACCUUUCCAAAGCUGAGGCAACAAGAAGCUUUUUGUCCUUUAUCCAGAAUAUCAGGAAAGCUACAAAAGAGGAGAUACUUCAGAUUCUUAGAAGUGAAAGUGAUGCCAUACUUCCUCAGCUGGUAGAUGCUAUAACCUCUGCUCAAACCCCAGCCUCACUGGAGGCCAUGCUGGAGUUUCUGGACUUUAAAAAUGAAAGCAGCUCUCUCCUGCAGGAGCGGUUCCUGUAUGCAUGUGGAUUUGCUUCCCAUCCCAAUGAGAUGUUACUUAAAGCUUUAAUUAAUAAGUUCCAGGGCAAGAUUGGAAAAAGUGAAAUCAGAGAAACUGUUGUCAUCAUCAUGGGUGCUCUCAUCAGAAAACUGUGCGACAGGGGAGGCUGCAAACUCCCAGCUGUUGUAGAAGCUAAGAAGCUGAUCCUAGAAGGAUUAGGCAAGGCAGAAAAGGACGAUGAAGUGAAAAUGUACCUGCUGGCACUCAAGAAUGCCCUUCUGCCAGAAGCUAUUCCAUUGCUACUAAAACAUGCUGAGUCAGGAGAAGGACCCAUAAGUAAUGCUGCUGCCACAGCUCUGCAAAGAUAUGACAUCUCUUUCAUCACCAGUAAGGUGAGGAAAGUAAUGAACAGGAUAUACCACCAGAAUCAUAAAAUUUAUGAAAAGACUGUGCGAACUACUGCAGCUGCUAUCAUCUUAAGUAGUUACCCAUCCUACAUGGAAGUAAAAAACCUCUUGCUUUCUAUUGGAGAGCUGCCACAGGAAAUGAACAAGUACAUGCUCUCAGUGGUCCAAGAUAUACUCCAUUUUGAACUGCCUGCAAGCAAAAUGAUUCGCCAGGUUCUGAAGGACAUCUCUGUUCAUAACUAUGACCGCUUCUCCAAGAUGGGAUCUUCCUCUGCCUAUUCUGGCUAUGUGACACGUGAUCCUGAUGCAUCUGCUACGUACAGCCUCGAUAUACUCUACUCAGGCUCUGGCAUCUUAAGGAAAAGUAACAUGAAUAUCCUUAUUUUCAAUAAAAAGUCUCGACUUCAUGCCAACCAGGUCAUUCUUGAAGCUCAGGGCCUGGAAACUAUAAUAGCUGCAUCUGCUGAUGAAGGCGAGGAAAACCUGGAGUCCUUUGCUGGCAUGUCAGCAAUCCUGUUUGAUGUUCAGCUCAGGCCUGUGACAUUUUUCCAAGGGUACGCUGAUUUAAUGUCUAAAAUGUUUUCGGCAACUGGAGAGCCCAUUAACGUGGUGAAAGGACUUGUCCUCCUGACAGAUUACUCACAGGUCAUUCAGUUACAGUCUGGGCUGAAGGCCAAUACAGAGUUCCAAAGUGGUCUGGCCAUUGACAUUUCAGGUGGAAUGGAAUUCAGUCUUUGGUACAGAGAAUCCAAAACCAGUGUCAAGAAUCGGGGAACUAUGCUGGUAGCUGGCAAUAUCCUAGUGGAUUCCUUGUUUGUGCAGGCUGGUAUGGAAACCAGUAUUGAAGUAGAGGCCACACUAGACUUCAUAUCUACAGUACAGUUCUCACAGUAUCCAUUUUUAGUUUGCAUGCAGAUAGACAAGAUCGAAUCUCCGUUCAGGCAAUAUGUGUCUAAAUAUGAAAGCCUACCAUCUGGCAAGCGGUACACUUCCCGGAAAGGAAAAGUACAAUUUCUGGCAGGUUCUGAACUCCCUCUCCAUCGAGAGAACUCCAACAUGUGCAGGGAGGUUUUCAGCACUGAGUCUGACUCUUCCAGCAGCUGGUUUUAAAGCAGGCACUUUUGGUCUUUCAUUUGACUAAAUCCAUGGCUCCCUGAGUGACUUAGGCUUGUAUGUACUGUACUAGCUUAGGGCUUGAUCCUGCACCAUUGAAGUCAAUGGCAAAUGUUCUAUUGACUGCAACAGGACAGGAUCAAAAUCUUUGUGUUUACAUAUUUACCUGUAUUUAAGACUUUUGUAAAAAGUGAAGAACAAAGAACAAUUUGGUGGCAUUUUGUGCACUCCCUUGGGGGUGGUGUUA